AAGAACCUUUCAAUAUAGAAAGGAAUCUUGGAAAUGGAGUGAAUAAUGAUAGUUUUAAAAAAAUUAGGAAAGAAUUUCGUAGGGCAGCAAGAAUUCUUUAUAAAGCGGACCUCAAAGUUUGUUGCCAAACAUUUACACCACUAGAUGAGAUCUAUGAUGAGUGUGAAUAUAAUGAUAUAAUUACUACACCACCACUAGAUGAGAUUUAUGAGUGUGAUUAUAAUGAUGACGGAUCUCUUGUAAUUACUUUGGAAGUCUUAAGUAAAGCUAAAAUUUAUAUAGAUAUUAUCAAAAAAAAAUAA